GUCGUCUUAGUUGCCGUUCUCAGAGCCAUGCUGGGAUCCAGCCAGCGAAGUCUGAGGGCGAAACAAAAAUUUGGGCGCGAAGGAUGAUAUAAUUGUUGCUCGUCGGGACUGUCAUUAUUUUGUCGGCGAAAAGACGGAAAACUUAUCGGCACGGAAUUUUAUUUAGCCGAGGCACAUUUGUUAUCGGUUCGGAUAAUUGAUUUACCGAGUAUCAGUUAGUCCUCCCCCGGAUUCUAAUAGUGUUAUGCUUCUCAUCCUCAACUUAUACAAACAUACAUCUCUCAAUGUUUUCGACUCCCAGUGAAAGUUCGUGAUGGUCGUUUGGUCGUAAGGACCUAAGCCUCUUUGACCAUGGGUAGGCAGGCUUACAUUACCCGCUUAGCUCUGGGUCGCUCAGCAUACGAAGCGCCCGAGGAAUCGGAACCCGCAGGAUCUGUUCCUCAUGCUGGGCAAAAUUCAUCAAUAAGACCUACAAAUGAGAUUGAUGCAGGAAAUGAGGGGAGCGACUAUGUACAACUCUAUGACCAUAGAGGGCACCCGACCAAUCCGGCAUCGAAAGCAUCGGCUCGCACCUUGAUCAAAGCUCAGAACGAUGUGUUGGCUACGGUUGGAGUUUGCGUUGGCGUCCAGGGGGAUGGAAAGCUGACAAGUCCGUCGACGAAGCUGGAAGAUUUGUCUGGAAGUGAAAGAGCAAAGGUUAAGCUCGUGAUGGAGGAGAAUGAGGUGGGGCUAUGGAUACGAUCCGUCAGUAGUUUUCUCGAAUCGACUGGGAUGUGGCCUAUCAUGGCAUUGAAGAAUCGAAUCCAGGUCCUACGUCCAUAUUCGCAAGUCUCUUUCGUCGAGUUGUUAAAGGCUCAGUGGCGUCAGACCAGGGCCUUGUCCUUUCUAUUUCCCGGCUUUGUUGCUCAGAGUGCUUCUGUAGUUUUCGGGGUUGCAUCCGACAUCCUCUUCAUCGGGUCUGCCAACUUGUUUCCUCUAUUGCUAGCAAAACAUGGAAUUUCUCGCAGACAUCCGCGUGCAUCAAGAUAUAGCAUCCUUUUUGUGAGAACACUUGCCGAAAUAAUGCCAUAUCUCAUCAUUUAUCCUUUCGAAAUAUUCGUGGCAUUGCAAAUUCUACAUCUCAUCCCUCCGUGGCCCCUUCUACCUCCUCUCCGAUCUUUUAUUCCUUUCUCGUCCGCCUCGCCUAUCCAAUUGCCGCAGCUUCCAAGUCGAAUCAAUCCAAAGUCAAUAGUGCGGAUGAUAGUUUCAUCGGUGACCUCGCCGUUUGUUAUGGUUUGGCUGUACAAUUCAACAUUUGAUGCUCUUUCGGCAUUUCUCUCCGAAAUGAUACUGCCUCGACUAAUUGCUCGGUCUGAUCCUGAUGAGUACUCCAUAAAAGGUUCGUUAGAGAGCGGCAUACGUGUGGACGGCAUCUCAGGACUUUCCCCAUCUGUACAAACGGGUGACGCGGACCCCGGAAUUUUUCGCACCGCUUUGAACAACGUGGUGGAUUCUGUUCGAGGAGCAUUUGAUCCAGAGCACUCACAACGGAGUCAAAGAAGAGCUUUCGAACAGUCGCGCGACGGCAUCAUUUUCAGCGAUCUUCAUAGACUACCCAACAGUAGGAGUGAAGCAGAGCUAAAUUCUCAACUACAAGAAGUCCAUGGCAACACUCAAGCUGCAGACCAGAUUUCAGGAGAUAUUUCUGCUCGAGGGAGUCGCGAAACCGCUGAAGACGAUGAGGAGGAGGAUGAAGAGGGAGGGGUUGGCCUCAACAGAGCAGAUUACGUUUCAACCAACGAAGGACAAGCGCCCCGUACGAGAUCUUCUUCUGUUUCUUCCAGCUCCGUCCACUCUCGCCCAACAAAUGCUGUUCGCGUUUCCUCCACGCGCCACGGGAAUUCGGAGACCGUUACCAUGGAAGUCGAAAUUGACACUGCCGGCAUAAUCAACCAGGGCGGCGGCAUGCGGGCAGCCGACGCUUUGCAACCGCAGCCCGUUCAGCAGAUACUUGAGGGUGGUAUCACUGCAUCCCCUGUCUCUGCUUCUUUGAACCCCUUACCAACGCCACUUGGCCCGCCGGGUUUCGAUAAUCAGACGCCGAUCGGAGAUCAAUUUUCUCCUCCUGAUGGAGCCCAAAAUUCUUCCCGUCGACGCCGACAUCGAUCCCGCCGCGCUGCCGAGGCAGCUUCUAACCAGCGCAAGCGCAAACGCCAGCACAUAACGAUCCUCUCCAACAGUCCUGCGCUGACCAUGGCCAACCUUAUUGCUAGCAUUGCAGCUGGGUGCAUACUUUCGCCUUUUCAAGCAACUGUCAAUCGAUCAAUUGCUCGAUCCUUCCUCGCUGCCGCGAGCACUCCUGAGCAGCGCGCCAAUGCAGCUUUCUUUCUGCCUCAGAUAUACACCACGACUACGUGGCCCUUUGGUCUCGGUGCUGCCAUCGGAUCUACCCUAGGUCUUGGUCAUGGCCGCAGCUUGUGGAAAAGCAAAAGCUCUGGCGACACAGGCCCAAGUCCAACAAGCCUCUUUGGAGGGUCUGGCCCGAGCCUGCUGGCAUAUUCCUCAAAAUUGCUUCUAUGCUGUGGCUUGGAAGCUGCUGUCGGGUUUACCUGCUGGCAGAUUUCGUAUUUGGUUUCUGUGGCCGUAGGAAUGGCGAGAUUUGGCUGGGAAGGAGGCUUCACACCAUGAUAUGUCUUGGAUUGCUCUAGCUUUUGUCACGCUCCGAGUUUAUAUCCUUUUUAUUGGAAUGCCGCCCGCACAAUUUUUUUUAAUCACCCUUUCACCCAUGGAUCUUUUGAACCUGGCAAAGGUGUCAUCAUCACUUCCACAUUUUUUUGAAGUUCUCGACAUAUCAUCCCUUCAUGUCCCUUCCUUUUUCUUUAUUGGUAUUUUGAGCCAUCUAUCUCUCACCAUCAUCAUCGUCUGCUUCCAUCGCUACAACGUCGAUUGCAAAGGGAAUUUGGUUCAUCGGGGUAAAUUUAUCGGGCUACAAAGGGCGUUCUCUCUUUUCUCUCUUACUCAAUAUGCAUCAUAAAGCGGAAUUCAACUCUAGGGUUAAUAUCAUCUUUAAGAGCGCGAGACGGAAUCUACUUUAUGGGAGCAAGCGGAACCAAUGGAGUAAUAUCACCACUUUGAGCAUCAAAU